GAAAACUUAGCUUUUCAAAUUUAAGUGUAAAAAAAAUCAAACCGGAAGUGUUCUUGUUCGCAAGCGUUUUCAGGUGGUGGUUUGCACGUGUUCUGUGUAACAAACGAGAUGGAGUACCAGUUCCCUCAGCACCUUUUUCCUUCGUUUUACAACUGUGGACCGCCGGACUUGGUCCUGAAACACUGCGCUGGAGACUGGGGCUCCUACGGCCGAGUCAGGCCUCAGGGUGGCUCUGGUCCUCUCUCCAGCUGGACAUUUACUUCCAGACAUCAGGUCAGAGGGGAGAUAUGGCAUCACACUGAGCCAGUGCCGAUUCCCCUCCUGCCUCCUAAACACUCUUUCCUUGGGCAUUCAACACCUCCAGAUCCACUGGACUUCACAGAACAUAUGCAGAACUUUUUCAUGGAUCACAGCCAGGAUGCCUUUGGGUGCAUGGCUGAAAUUCUGGGUGUAAACUUCAGCUUUAAAAAAGGAGUCAGAGAGAGGUAUCCGAAGGAUUCAAUCAGCAUGUGGAAGCUGCAAAAUUUCCUUGACAUGCUGAACUUUAAAAUAUGUGAGCAGACGUAUUCCUCCAAAGAGCUGAAUGCCUACAGUGCCCUGCUGUCGGAUGUGGUGCACUCCAUCCCUCCUGAGCUGCUAGGUGCUCUGCUGCACGAGGAGCUUAUGGAGCAGAGAGACCGCCUGCUCUUCUCUGAAGGAGUCACAGGCGGUGCUCUGGCCUUCAUCCCCUUCUCACAGAGCAGCAGUGGCUGUCAGCAUGGCUGCCUGCUCUACCCCAGCAACAAGGGACGGGACAGCCUCAACUUCCACAGAGUGGCGCUGAAGGACCAAGACAGCUCCUUGUUUCUCGAUGCCACCAGCAGCGACCCAUUCAGCGUCCAGCUGAAAGGCCCCAUCAGACAGAUCAGCUCCACCUCCCUGUUCAAUGAAAGUUGUGUUGCUGUGCGGUUAGAUCGCCUGUGUGGAGUUUGGAGGCUCAGUGAAAGAAGCGAGCCUCGUCUGAUGCAGGUCGUCAACACUAGGGAGCUUGCAACCUGCGUCAGUGUCAGUCCUCAUGUUUUAGGUGAAGUUCUGGUGGCAAGUGAGAGUGGAGCAGUGAACCUGUGGACCGUCGGCAGACAGAUGCAGGAGGUUCGGAAGGAGGACAGCAACCUGUACUUUAAUGCCAAGUCGUCAUGGCGAUGGUGCGAGUUCUCCGCCCACCCAAGGGUGAUGCUGUAUGCAGACAGGACGGGGGUGGAGCUCACAGACAUCAGGGUUAAUCCAGUGUGUGGUCACACACUGUUUCGUAUCAGUAACACGUCAGAGUGUCGGAGUGGAGAGAGACUCAUCCUGUCCAAAUAUCUGGGAGAUGUCCACGCUUUCCACCACAUCAUCACCACUCAGUACUCGGCCUAUAUCAUGGACGAGCGCUUCCCCUGCGUGCCCAUGCUCAAAUGGGAUCACAUGAUGCAGUCCCCGCCCAUGUUUUGUCAUGUCUUGCCUGGCUCCACUUCCUCUGGCUCAGCAUUGGAUGGGGCUAGAGCCACGAAGGUCCUGCUGGGCUCCCACAGUUCUCAGGAGAUCACCCUGCUGCAGUACUCAGGGGGCAGGGCUGAGGCCUGUUUCAGUCAAGGCCCUGCUCAGGCUCUGCUCAGACCCAGAGACAGCCUGAAACACCUUCCUGUGCAGAUUCCUCACCGCCUGGACACGGCAACCAACAGGCUGUCUGUACCUGCUGCAGGUCUGACUUGUAUUCAGAAGAAAACAGGAAGAGAAUCAGCUGGCGAGGAGUGCAUCUGUAUCCUACAGCUGACAGAGGCAGGAGAUAUUUUCUACCAGCUCCUCAAGCCCGAGCAGCCAGAUGCUGACACGUCUCGGCCUCCAGCAGAGGACAAACCGCUGCCUCCACAAGCAGCCAAACACCUGUCACAGCCAAUGGCAAUAGAAGCCACAACAUCAGGGGAAAAGACAGCAGAAUUACUUCCACCAUUUUCUGAGCUGGUUGUAUCGGACACAUCGAGCGAUGAGGGCAUGAUUGGGCCAACUCCAAGUCCAAAUGGGCCGAGGGUUGUGGCUGAAACACCUGAGAGGAAUUAUCAAGCGGUGAACAUGUUCUCUGACUCUUUCUCUGAGGAUUCAGAGUCUGAACAGAGAGGUCAGAAUCUGAAGAUUGUUGUCAACGACGAUCCAGAGCUGGAUCAAGUGAGUGGAUUGCAAGCAGGAGUGAAAGACAGACAGGUGGGGGGAGAUAAAGCUGGUGAGCCUAAGGAACAUGGUGGUGUGGACGAAACAGUCUGCAGCUCCAGUAGCUUAGGUCACGUUGUACCCUCAGAGCGGCAGCAUGUAGUAAAGCUCAGCAAACAUGCUCUCAACACCUGGAAACACUGGCUCCAGAAAUUGAUGCAAAAGAAUUGUGAAAAGAAGCCCCGCCCACACGGCUUGCAGUACUUCACAAUCAGAACUAAAGGCCUCCUCUGCCUGCCUGAUGUGGCAGCAAGAGAUUCAACAGAAGAAGAGCGUGUGCAGAGCCUGAGGCAAGAUCUCAGAGCGUGCAUGUCCAAACGCUCGCUGCUGCUUCACAGCGCUGUCUCCACCUCCCUCGGGGCAACAGAUGUGGUACCAGUGCCAAACCUGGUGGAAACAGAAGUCUGGACAGAUCAGCUGAGCCACCGCCUGACCCUCUCUUGGCAGGGGGAGGAAGCAUGGCGGGCAUGGUGGGUGGACCACCUAGAGCUGAACAAAGAGGAGAAGACAGAGGCUCUAAGGAGAAAGAGGAGGAGGGAGAAGGAGGCGAAGAGAGCUGCAGGUCAGCGCCUGGAGCUGUCUGGGAGCUUCGUUUCAUCUCUCAGCUACCAGUCGGAGCUGGACGAUUUCUCUGAUUCGACAGGCUGGUCCUCAGCGACGAGCCAGGGAAGGUGGUCAGAUACUGAGGGGACAGGGCCAUUGUCCAAGUUGGAGAGCUUUUUGAAGCAUGGGACACCAGGAUCUGCAACACCCUCCAAAGUACAAAAUGACACCCCAGAUCCCACAUCAACAUCUCAAAGUGUUGAAGAUAAACAAGAUGGCCAUCAGACUCCCAGCUGCUCCCGCAUGCUCUCUAUGUCACAGACAGUCAAACAUGAGUCUACACCAGCGAGUCAGAGGAGGACCAGACAUCCAUCAGAGGAGCUCCUCAGCACUUUGUUUUCACCUCAGGAUGGUACCUUGCAGCACAACAUUUAUGCCCUGGAGGAGGGGAGUACUCUGCAACCCCCAGAUGUGGCCCCUUCCUUUUCCCAGCUCCACAGCUCGCAGUCCUCUCAGAGGGUCUUCAGGAUAGAUCUGUCCCAGUGCGACAUUGUCCAGCCAGGGUUCUCCCAGUCUUUGUCCCAGAGGUCACAGGGUCGACUGGGGCUGUCCCAGACAUCGCAGGCAUCUCAACCCAAGAAGAAGAAGUCUCAAAUGGGAUUCUGAUUCAUUGGUCGGUCUUUCCAUCACACAGAGGAGGAGUAUAUCAUUCGGAAUUCCUGUUGUAUUUGGAAUAAAAAGACGGUCCUCGUUAAAAUGAACCUUUCAGGUUUUUUGCACCGUUAGCUGCUGCUGGAUUUGUUUAAUGGAUCUAUACUAGUGCUGUUCACUGGGAUGGUAAUUACAAAAAGUGAACAUAGAAACUGGCUCUAAUGACAAAGGAUAAAGUGGAUCCAUCACAUUGUCAGUGGUCCUGAAGGUGUCUGGAGGUUUAAGAAGACUGACUGGACACAGGUUUGGUUAUUGACUUUGUUUUUAGGCUAAGGCUUUUGUUUGCAAUAGUCGGAAUAAGCUUUAGGGCCAGGUGUGUUGGACACACGAGGAAUUUGACUCUGGUACAGCAGCUCUUUCUAUUUCUCUCUC